AUUAGAAGGUGCAAUCGAUAAAGGUUCACAGUGCUUGACACGUCUGUUAUUGGGUCAGAAAGUCAGAAGCAAAGACGACCUCACGUGUGGAUUUCCUCUUUAGCAAAAUGGAUAUCCUAUGGUCAGUUGCCGCGAUAAUCGUCGUGUUCCUUUUAGGGGAAAUCGGACGGAUGAUUGUCAAAACAAACAUGUUACCUCGGCACUAUAAGUACGCCAGCGAAUUAAUCUCAUCUUUCCAGUUCUCGGCGUGCAUAUUCGAACUCGUUGUUAUUGGAAGGUUCUACAGCCCUUAUGUUGGAAUCGCAUGCAGUUUUAUUCUUUUAUUUCUCAAGAAUUCUGAGUAUAUCUUUGACGGCUCAGCGGCAAACCCUUGUGGAUUACUCGAGGGAGUUGUAUGCAAGCUAAAGAAACCGUGGUUCUUAAAUUUCGUUCUAACCGUUCUUUUUCAAUUUUCUGGCGCCCUUCUGUCCUUUCCUGUGAUGCGAUUCAUGUGGCAAAAGACUAACAGCGAAAUGCAUUUCAAGCAGCUCAAUAGCGAGCUAGGUACGACUCUUCAAGUCCCUAUAAUUAUUGGUUUCGCAAUCGAAGUGUUCACUACAUUUGUUGUGACGAUGGUGGAUUUCGUAACUCGAGGAGAAAUGCGCCGAUUUAACCCGAUAUUACGAUCUACAACUUGUAUAGCUGUGUGUUAUGCUCUGACAGGGACCACUGGGGUCUGGAUGAAUCCAGUUUUUGCUACAGUUCAUACAUUUUUGUUUACUACGGGUAAAGAACUAUUGCUUGAGCAUUUAUUUGUUUUCUGGGUUGGCCCGAUUCUUGGGACACUAGUUGCCAUAGGUAUUGACUUCAAAACCCACAAACACGAAGUCCAGAAGCCAAAACCAAUCGCUCGAACAAUCAAGAAACAUCUCCAAAAAAAUUCAACAAAUGGACGAUCAUUGAAACAAAGGAAUUCACGAAAGUUGAAACAAACCAGCACUGGUGUUCGCUAAACGCAUGAGAGGUUUCAAGUAACAGGUGUAUUAAAGGGUCAUCCGCAUAGACCUUUCCGUAAUUUAUUUCAUGUGGCAUUAGUUGUAUUUAGUGUAAAUAUGACCGGCUUUCAUCCAGUUUUGGAGUUUGCCGCUCAAAUAAUAGUGCAUAGAACAUAUUUCAUGAUUUCUCCAGCACUAGACCUUUCUUGCCUCUGGCUAACUGUUUUAAAUACACUACAAAUCCAAGGGUUACAGCCAAAUUCAUUGUUGCACAACCUCGGCGAAUCCAAAAUCUUUGUCUCGUUUGAGAAAAGCGCGUAGUCAGACACAAGCUUUGAUGGGGGGUUUGUCUGGUUUUGAUUGAUGGUUUAAUUGAGUUUGCACUAUUCCCAAAUGAAGAAAGGAAUUUUGGAUUCUGGCAGGUCGCGCAACAGCGGAUUUGGCUAUAAGAAAAAGGGACCAAACUAGAUUUGGGCAUUGGCGGUUUUGGACUGUGCUUCCAGUCAGUUUUGCUGACAGUCCAUACAUAAUUGUUUACUACGGGUAAAGAGCUAUUGCUUGAGCAUUUAUUGGGUUGGCCCAAUUCUUUGAACACUAGUUGCGAUAGGUAUUGACUUCAAAAACCAAAAACAUGAAGUCCAGAAGCCAAAACCUUCUUCAUAUUUACAUUGAAUACAAAGAAUGUUGGCCCUCGCUUUAUGUUGUGUUACGUGAUUUACGAAAAAUCUAUUGCAGUUUUAGUUUAUAAUUUUGAACAACUAGACACAAUAUAAUCCACAUAAAAUCCACUUUCUAUUAUUUUUUAAUGGGCUAAUAUAUGUUGAAUACUUUUAUUUCUGAGCAUAAAUUUGAUAUUUAAAGAUAAAAGGAGGGGUGGAUCCAGGAUUCCAAAAUGAGGGGUGGAUAAUGGCCGGAUAGACGACUUAUAACUAAACCAGUGGGUUCUUGGUAGGUCACAUAGAUCUAAAAAUACUUUACGCUGAAUUGGGUUUGUCGUGUCAGCGAAGUCAAGCAGGUGAAGGCAUUUAUUUUCUUCAAACAAAGUGACUUUUAAAUGAGUAAUUUUUUACUCAAAAAAAGGGUUGGAUAUCCGCCCAAUCCACCCCCCCUGUAUCCACCCCUGAAAAGAUAGCAACAAUUUUUCAUUCAUUUGUUAAGAGGUGUUUCAUUGAUGAGUAUUUCGGUUUGAUUAUUAUAAUAUGUAAUGUUCUGAUUAGUACUGCUUCUAGUUUAACUAUAUGAUCAAUUUAUUGAAUGAUGUAUUCUUGAUUUUGAAAUAUGCUUUUGCUAAGAUCCAAACCAUUUACUGACCAACUAAUAAUUUUGAAAAAUUACCACAAAAAUACCACUCUAGAUUUACUGUAAGAAUGAUUUUAGAAGUGUAUCUGUACUAUGCUUGUUAGCCCAGGUUAGAGGCUGCAGCUAGAACUUAACUCCCACACUUCACCAGUCUUGACUAUGAGAUGUUCGCGACUUGUUGUUGCCACUUUGCGGCUCGUGUUGUAGGAGUGAAGUUCGAGCCUCUGGUACCCAGUGAAUACGCUUGUAAAGGUACAGUAAAAUGUAGGUCAUAGGUUAGUGUAUAUAAAGUAUAAUUCAGGUGAAUUUUAAGAAAUCGAUUUAUAUAACAUUUAUGCAUCAUUAUGCCAUUAUUCAGAUUAUUGAAAUUCUUUCGUUCUUGUACACAACUCUUAUUGCAUUUGCCAUAAUAAAGUGUAAGCAAAUA